UCUUCCGGUAUAAACACACGUGGAGUGGUGUAUUUACCCUGCGUUCAUACGUUGCAAACCAGGAGUUUUGUAUUAAAAGACAACUUUCAAAAUGGCAGAGUUUGUACAACAAAGUAUUGAGGAAAUGCUUCCAGAGCUGGAGCAAAUGGAGAGAGUAAAACUGUUCACUAAAGCAGAAACAAGGCAAAUCCUGAAGAAGCGCCAAUCCUAUGAGUACAAGCUGCGGCGCCGGACCAAGUGUCGUGAAGAUUUCCUGCAGUAUAUACAGUAUGAAGUUAAUGUUCUUAAGCUGGUGGAGAAGAGGAGAGAGGGUUCCGGGUGUACGUACAAGAGAUUGGAGAUUGAUGUGGCCAUUAUUCAGCGGAUCCACAAACUGUUCCGGCUUGUCUGCCUAAGGUUUCAAGAUGACGUCAAACUGUGGCUGUCUCACAUCGAGUUCUGUAAGAGCCGGAAUGAGAGGUCGUACGUGAGCCGACUGUAUACCCGCAUGCUCCAAGUUCACAACAAGAAACCAGAUCUAUGGAUCAUGGCUGCCAAGUGGGAGUUUGAAGCCAACGUCAACCCCGAGAAUGCUCGCACUUUGUUGCAGAGAGGUUUGAGGUUCAAUGACACCUCCAAGCAGUUGUGGAUAGAGUACUACAGACUGGAGUUACUAUAUGCAGAGAAGUUGAGGAAAAGACGAGAACUGCUGGAAGAACUUGCUGAUGUGGAGGAGGAGGCAGUGUUGUCGGGGAAGGUGGCUCAGAUAGUGUACAGGAAGGCAGUGGAACAAUUCCCAGGAGAUGUCAACCUGGUUCUGGCUCUGAUCGAUGUGUGCCAGCAGUUCCCCUUCACAGCCUCUAAGCUCAACACCAUGUACAAAGACCUCAAGGAUCUGUACCCGCAGCAUGCUGUCACGUGGAACGCCCUUGCUCGGAGACAUCUGCAAGCCAAGGACAAGGAUGUUGGUGAGGAGAAAUGUUUCAUGACCUUCAACGAGGCCAUCAGGGAACUCAACACAAAGGAGAUGUGGGGCUUCUACCUUGCAGCCUCCCUUGACGUCCUCACCACCGACACUGAGGACACACAUGAGGACAAGGGGCACAAGGACGGGGGACAUUCGGAGAAGCUGCACAAAAGGGCUCUGCGGACAUUCCAGGUCUUCCACGAUGCAGCUGAGCUUCAGAUGGUCGAGGAGAAGUGGUUCUUGAAGUGGGUGGAGCUGCUGCUGACCUCGACAAAGAUCGGCCAGGUUGAGGAGGUCCUGAAACAGGCCACGGACACAUAUCCGAGGUCCACUGGUCUUUGGUGCUUGCACCUCCAGGUUCUGAUAGACAGACAGGAGAAACUGCCAACAAUCCUCAGGGUGUUCAAGUCAGCCCGUGUUGCCGUCAAGGAAAAGGUGAGCUGGCCAGUGUGGGAGUUGAUGCUGCUCCACCUGAUGGACUCGGGGGAAACAGACACCCUCGACAAACUCAUGGAGGAAGCCAUACUGUGCUGUCGAGAAGUCAGUCGGCCCGCAAAGGAGCUGUAUCUGGAAUGGGCCUUCCUGACCCAGGGCAUCGGACAUGCCCGCAUGGUGUAUGACAGACUGGUUCAGCUGAAACCUGUGUCCCUCGACUUCUACACCAAGUACAUCAACAUGGAGAACUCCCAGCCAACCCCCAAGAUCAAGCACCUGCUCCGAGCGUACGAGGAUGCUGUGGAGGAGUUUGGCAAGUCCCACCCAGAUCUGUGGAUAGACUACCUCCGCCAGGAAACCAACCACCCCAGAGGGAGUCUGGAGGCUACCAGCAAGAUCCACAACCGCGCCCUGAAGAUGCUGUCUGGGACCCUCAACCAUGACUUUGUAACCAAACAUACCCUGCUGCAGACAGGCCGCUUGUAGGACCAACAUGAGGAUGCUCCUGUGUCCAGUUGCAGCAGAUGUUGUUCCCGAUGUUGUUCCCGAUCUGAGUAAUGAAGUCCGCUGCUGAGGCCAGUGAGGCUGUGUUCCUGGUCCUCUCGGGGCUGUGUUCCUGGUCCUCUAGGGGCUGUGUUCCUGGUCCUCUCGGGGCUGUGUUCCUGGUCCUCUCGGGGCUGUGUUCCUGGUCCUCUAGGGGCUGUGUUCCCUUAUCCUCUCGGGGCUGUGUUCCUGGUCCUCUCGGGGCUGUGUUCCUGGUCCUCUCGGGGCUGUGUCAUCAGGGUUACAUGCUUCUGUGCAGUCAGCCAGAUAGGGCGCAUCUAAUAUCCGAGAGUUCUGAUUUCAGUUAUGAUUUUUAAGAAAUAAAUAUGCAGGAGUCA